AGACGCGCACGCAAAGCGAAUCAGGUAAGCAUUUUUGAAAUUAAUUAAUAAUUUUGUAUGUUUAUUGCUCUUUGUAAUAGCUCACGCGGUAAUAUUUAUUUCCUUGCCUUUUUGUUAGUGUAUUCAUUUCCAACCUUAUAUUUUGUUUCGUCCAAAGUAACGCCAAGUUCCUGUGUGCGCUAAUAUUCUAUAUAAUAUAAGUACAUAUGUAUGUUAUGUGCGUUUGUCUUUGCCGCCCUCCCUUUGUUUUAGUCACGCUUUGGCAUCCCCAUUUAUACUUUUAUAAGAAAAUCGCAUAGUGACUGCAACAGCAGGUUGUCGGAAGGGUUAGACAUUGGGUGCAUGUCCCCAAAUAUCAGCACAGGGUGUACAGAGAUAUGGUUUUUUUUAUCAUAUGGUCUUCCGUCACCAACAUCGGCAGCAACACGGAUCGAACUUAUAUCAAAGGAAAUUAGUUUGUCUCGAAAAAAUUAAUCUACCAUCAAUGUGCACUGAACAUACAAAUAAACGCGCGUGUGGAACCGCAAACGCACACACGUGUAGCCAUGUAUACAUGUACACAUACAGGGCGUACAUUGUUUAGGCAUAUGUGAAUAUUACCUUUUUAGCAGUAACAACGCAUUAGGCUGCCCGAGGGUUGCCAUUGUAGUCACGUAUAAAGCACUGCCAUUCUUGCGUUGAUGGCGGCAUUUGUUUAUUUUUUAAAAUAAUUUGGUUAUCCAGUGCUUUUGACUAAAAACUAAAACGUAAAUUUGCACCAGGUAAUGAAGAUAUAAGUAACGUUAACAAAAUUCAUAAGGUUAGGUUUACCCAUGCGAUAAUUUAAGAGCAUUAUACACAAUGGCACACUUUAAUGACUGUAUGUAUUGGUUGUGUACCUAUAGAAAUUUCAAAUCUCGUUCAACCAAUUAAAGUUAAUAUGGUAAGCAUUAAAUUAUCUGAUAGUGGUGGACAGCUGAAUCUCUUGAAGCUAAUAAUUAGCCUAUAUUUUAAUAGUUCAGCAAUUCUCUGAAAUAUUUCAUACUCUAAAACUUCGUUUAGCAAAUAUAUACAUAUGUACUUACAUGUACAUAGAUCUGACUCCACGCCAAAUUAGUAGUGUCUUUGAAGUUUAAAUACAGCAGAGUUAAUUGCUCAAGAUCACAUAUUUCAUAAGCUACAUUUUUUAUAUAAAAAAAAAAAUAACAGGCGGAAAUAAUCCCUCAGUUUUUGAGAUAUCGAUCUGAAACUCUGCACACGUCUUUUCCUGCACCUGUGAAGCGUAUUAUAGCUACUGUGCACCCAAAGCGAACGAACAAGACAAAGGUCAGAUUAUUGUAACAUUUAUUGCCUUUUUAGUGAGAUUUCACUAAAUCAUACUAAUACACCUAAUGCUAAGCAAAAUAAUUACAUUUGCGCCCCUUGGCGACACUACAAGUAAAGACCAGUAUAACGAAGUCCUGCGCUAAGGUGGUGCCUCUUAAUACUUGCGCGGUAGUUUGUAGUUUUAGAGAGAAAAAAAGCUUAACGCUUCAUUUUUAUUUAUCAGGCUUCACUUUACCACAACGUUAAUUCCUAUCAAUGGAUCCACCGUAUGGCGGUACACCAAGUUGCAGCAUAACGCCGCCAAGUUUAAAAUUUAUGUCGAAACAGAUAAUUGGUGGUGGUGGUGUUGCAAAUUGCUUGUAUUGGGAGAACGGAAGCAACAACUAGUGUAGAAUAUUUACAUGUACACAAAUGAAAUAAUGUAUGUAUGCUGGUUUGUGUGUUAUUCAAUGCUAAUGACAACAUGCCAACUACUGUUGCACUGUUAAAUUUGCUAUACGCAGUUUCUUGUUAUUGUAACAAAAUAGCUUGACAUUUCUUUUUUUCGAAUAGUUUGCUUCGCAUAUAGAUAUGUUUGUAUGUAUGUAUGGCAUGCUGUGUGUAUCUCACAGUUUCCGCCAUUCUUUCUUCUGCGCAAUUCGCCGUAUACUCCAUAUUCGCUGCCAUCUUGGUUUUUGUUGGUUUGGCGAUAUCGGAAUACCUUCAUACAUUCUUUGUAGAAUUACAUAAACUCUUGAUUUGCAUUACCAACUUAUCUUGAGUAUAUUUGUUACCUUUUUUUUUUUACUGGUUGUAGGCAUUCUCAUUGUUAUUUUAUGGUUGUAUUUGCUUUAAAUAUUGUCCAUAUAGCGUUGCAUUUGAUAAAAAUGUCGACAGGUUGCUGCAGUUUUCUUUUCUUGCCAUAAUCGAUUUUCCUUGUGCGCUGCUCUUUUUUUUUACCCUCUGUGUUUCAUUUGUUGUAUAUUCUGCGUUCACACACUCACAACGUGACGCACUAUAGGCGAUCGGUCGGUCAUUUAUGAACGCUUGCUCGAGUGCAACUAUUUUCAUCUUUGUUGCGCCUGCUGCAUUGGGGCUAUUUGGGGCAAAAUUAGUUAUAACAUUCGCUUUCGCCAUACCACAUUUUGCUUCUCAAUUCACCCACAUUCAAAGCAAACGUAAUUGGUGUGCUGAAUGCAACACUGUGUGGAUGGAACAUCAAUCGUUCUUUGAAUUUUUUCCUUUUUUUUUUAUAUUUAUUUUGUUUUUCUUUUCUUUUUUUGUCCGUUUUACAGAAAUGUUAGUGGCACGUUUUGGCAUUGAAACACAGCUGUAUGUGCGCAAUGUUUGCAACAGCGCGCUUUUCAUGUUUCCUUUGUUAAUUUGUUUUUUUUUUUUUUGUAUUUCCUUUUUCGGCGCAUUUCUUGCUGCCUACCAUUUCUAGUAUGCUAUGAAAGAUUGCGAAUGUGUUGGAUUUUUGCGUUUAUUUUCUACUUUUGAAUUUUUAUGCUGAAUUUCAGUUACAAAAUCACAGAUUUAAAUCUGGAUAAUUGCCGGAGUACAAGUAUUGUGGGCCUUACAGAUGAAUACACUGCGCUCGAAUCGUUGAGCUUAAUCAAUGUUGGUUUAACCACACUAAAAGGUUUCCCCAAGUUGCCCAAUCUGAAGAAACUCGAACUUUCCGAUAACAGAAUAUCAAAUGGCCUCAACUACUUGACUACAAGCCCCAAAUUACAAUACCUUAACCUGUCGGGCAAUAAAAUUAAGGAUCUGGAAACACUGAAACCAUUAGAGGAAUUCAAACAACUCGCCGUUUUGGAUUUGUUUAAUAACGAAGCAACACAAAUUGAUAAUUAUCGUGAGAAGAUUUUCGAAAUGUUGAAAUCUUUGAAAUUCCUGGAUGGUUUUGAUGCGAACGAUGUGGAAGCGCCUUCAGAAGAUGAUGAUGAUGAGGUUAACGGCAACGAUGGCGAAGAUGAUGGUGACGAUGAUGGCGAGGAAGAAGACACGCAAAAAGCGUUUUGUUUAAAUGGUAUUGAUAUUGAUUUGGAUGAGUUGGAAAAGUUUGAGCAGCGUUUAAAGGCUAAGAAACAGCUUCAGGGCAACGCUGCUACUGCGAAAAAUCAAAAUACUAUUGACGAAGUUGAUGACUUAGAUGAGUUGUUGAAGGAAAUAAAAUUGAAAGAUGUAGCAACAAAAUCUAACUGUGAUAAGCUAUCCACGGCAUCUCAGUCCACAGAUGCAAUAGUGGCGAAGCGAACAGCCGGCGACGGUGUCAGCAACAACUUAGAUGCUGAAACGGCGAAUGCACCGCCAUUGCCUUUUGCUCUUAUACUCUAUUGGUUUUUAGCGAUACUUAAUCUGGCAAAUGCCACUUUUUAUUCCUGCGAUGAGGAGGACUAUGCCAGCUCUUACGUAUCCACAACUGACGUCUCGUUAUCGGAGGUGUAUAAUGAAGAUCUGGAAGAGGAUAACUCCGAAUGGGAUGAAGAGAACGCAGCCGAAGACGAAUUUGAGGACACCGAUGACGAUGAUAGUGAUGAGGAUGGCGAGGGAGAGGGGGGAAAUGCGUCUGCUAAGGGUAAAGCAGGCAAGGAAAAAUCGUCAUCCAAUUCCGCCGCAGCAAAAGCAGAAACCGCUGAAGCAAAUAAUACCGCUACCGCUGAUGGCGCUGCUGAGGAGGAGGAACCGCAGGCUCGGGGAAAGAAAAGAAAGCACGACGGUUAAAAAGUGCUUUACAAUGACGACGCAUCAUCGUAGCAUUUGUUUACAAAAAUCCAAUUAACGUUUUUCUACAAUUUUAUUUUAACAAAGAAAGAUAUAAUAACAGAAACCACAACUAAAAAAAAACAACACAUGUUUAUAUCAGUUUAUACAUAAAUGAGAAGCGCAAACAAAACAGCCAGCAGCAAGUUUGAACGAUUUAAGUAAUGCAAUAAAUAUUGUAACACAGCGUUUAUAUUAUUAAAAAAAGUACUAUAGAUUUUCAUGAAAUAGCAGCAACCACAUACUAGUACUACUACAACUAUUACAACAAAAUAACAAUAACAACCAACCACAUGCAACAAACAAAAACAAUUAUUAUAAUAUUUAUGCAUAUUAAAACAUUUUGGUGGCGCGAAAAAAUUUUGUAUGUAGGUAUAGAAAAUAAAGAAAAGAGACAGAAAUCGAAAGCCAAGCAAUUAAUGGAACCGCUAACAAUGACAAGCGCAUAUACUUACAAUGUUUUUGGCGUUUGCGCAGCAUCCAAUAAUAAAAAACACAACAGCAUGGCAAUUCAGAAUGUUAGUAAAAAAAAAAAGCGUACAUGAUAAUUAUUAUAAAGAAGAAAAGUUAUUUAAAUAGUGAUUAUUUUAAGCAUGACCUAUAUAAGGAAGUAAAAGUGAGAAAGAAGUAAAAAAAAAAAUUCAACGAUGGCAUGAAAAGGGAAAUUUUAUGAAGUGCAAAUUGUACAACCUCUAGAAACACCAACAACAAUAACCACAAUGCAAAAGUAUAUAUCCUAAAAUCAUAUAAAAAAUUUGCCUAACAGCUGAGGACAAUAGUAAUUUUUGCAUGUGAAAUGAAGUGAAAAGAAUGUGCUAAUGAACAUUUUUCAGUGUCUUAGCUGUAGAGCUGUUGGGUAAUAAUAAAUAAAUCAAAAGAAACAAGCAGAAAAAUAACCGGGUAAGAAGUAACACUAGCCGGCGUAAUUAUAAUAAAAAACAAAAAAAAAUUGUUUAUUGUUUAGUAGCAUUAAUUAGUUACUUAUACAGUAAGUUUAUUAAUAUAUAUGUAUACACACAUACCAACAACAGCAAAAGAGAGCAAUGCAUAAGCAACUAUUUCCUUAAAUAAGAUGUUUGCCUGUUUUUAUUUUCGUUUUUUGUUUUUGCAGUUAGCUCAAAGUACUUUUUACAUGUUAAAUAUGCCUUUGUGUACACUCAUACAUAAAUAUAUUUUUUAUUUUCACAAUGUUGAAAAUAUUUUGCUUAAAUUCAGCACAUCAUUCACGCUGCACAAUCAAGGCAUCAAGGCAUCAUAACAAAAAAAGUUAUAUUGCGUCAGUUAGAUGGUAUACUUUGUUCUUAUAAAACACAGCUAAGUACAUUGAUUCGCAUAUUUAUAUGAUUUUGGUUUCAAAAACACAUUUUUCCCAACUUCCAUUCCUACUAUACUAUAUAUCUUUAUGUUAUAUAAUGAAGCAUAUUUUAGAAAACACAGACAAUGUCGAAAGCAAACAUAUACAAAUACUAAUUUUAAUUCUAAGGCAUUUUCAUAUUUCAAUGAAAAAAACUUUUCGACAGCGGACAAACUGUAUUAUUUGACCGAAAUAAAAAAAAAUAAAGUCAUUUUAAAA